AUGGCACCCAGUUCGCGCCCGAACUUUCUCGUCAUUCUUGCUGAUGAUCUAGGAUAUAGCGACAUUGGCUGUUUCGGUAGCGAAAUUCGAACACCGAACCUUGAUGAACUUGCUCGCCAUGGCGCACGUUUCUCCGACUACCACACUGCCAGCGCGUGUAGCCCAACCCGAGCGAUGCUCCUGAGCGGGACGGACAACCAUAUCGCCGGCGUCGGUGUGAUGAGCGAGCAAAAGGGCCGAGAUCCUGACCGAUGGAACGUACCGGGUCAUGAAGGUUUUCUAAACCACGAUGUCGCGGCUCUUUCCGAAAUCCUGCAAGACGACGGUUAUCACACGCUCAUCAGCGGCAAGUGGCACCUGGGAUUGCGACCCGAGAAUAACCCUGCUGCGCGGGGUUUCGACCGUUCGUUCGCGCUCCUCCCGGGCACGUCCAACCACUAUGCCUGGGAACCUCAAUUCGAUGAGGACUUCAAUUUCUUCGUGCGGAUCCCGCCCCUUUACACAGAGGAUGGGAAGAAAUACGAGGUCGAGCCCAAUACAGCCCACGACAAAGCCGGUUUCUUUACCUCGGAUUUUUACACCGACAAUCUGAUCCGAUAUCUGCGUGAGCGCUCAGGGGAGAAUAAGGAGAAACCGUUCUUUGCGUAUUUGCCUUUCUCAGCACCUCACUGGCCGCUGCAGUGCGCUAAAGAAGAUCGCGAACGAUACAAAGGAAUAUACGAUGAUGGGCCGGAUACGCUGCGGCUUCGGCGGCUCGAGGGGCUCAAGAAGCAGGGAUUGGUACCGUCUGAUGUGAAGCCGCAUGAUAUGGUGGUCGGACCAAUGAACACGGAAUGGAAUGACAUGCCAGAUUACGAGCGACUGUGCUCCGCGCGGGCGAUGGAGUGCUUUGCCGGCAUGGUGGAUAACAUUGACCAGAACGUGGGCAAGAUCGUCACCUAUCUGAAGGAAACAGGAGAGUUUGACAAUACAGUAAUUAUCUUCCAAAGUGACAACGGCGCCGAGGGUGCGACUUAUGAAGCGCUGCCCACUAUGGGCGCUGACUUGAUGCGCGUCAUUAGCGCAUAUUAUGAUAACUCACUAGAUAACAUCGGCAACGCUACGUCCUUUGCCUGGUAUGGGACACGCUGGGCACAGGCUUCGACUGCACCAUCCCGCUUGUACAAGAUGUACACCACGGAGGGUGGCAUUAAAGUCCCCUUCCUCAUCCAUUACCCCAAGUUCGCCAAGGAGCGACAAGGAGGGACCAUCAUCAACGCUUUUUCGAGCGUGAUGGAUCUCUGUCCGACGUUCCUAGAUCUCGCAGGUAUAAAACACCCGGCGUCGGACGGUAAAUCCGGGAGUUUCCGAGGGCGGGAUGUAGCGCCCAUGCGAGGGAAGUCCUGGGUGCCCUUCAUGACUAGCAAAGAAGCUUCCAACUAUUCCGGUGACGCCAUCCACGGCGAGACUGCCAUGGGCUGGGAGCUUUUCGGCCGCGCCGCCGUUCGCAAGGGCAACUGGAAGCUCGUGCACAUCGAGGCUUCUAUGGGAGGCCGAGAGGACGAUGGUUGGCAGCUGUACGACCUGUCUAAAGAUCAGGGCGAGAUUGAUGAUUUAUCGCAGUCCCGACCGGAGGUAUACAAGGAGCUGCUUGGCAUUUGGGAACAAUAUCGUAAGGAAACAGGCGUGGUCUGGGGCACGCCGAUCCGAUAUGUGGGCGAAGAGUGGGAUGGUAAUGCCGAAGAGGGCAUUGUCGGAGGUGACGCCAUCACGCAGACACUUGCUUGGAUGAAGGUCAGAAAGAAUGAGACGCCGCUUUCAAAGCUGUAG